CACGCAUCUCUUUUGCCGCCGUUCUCUUGCAUGCUUUGUGUUGUUAUAUAGUCAAUUCUCUACUCUCUCUCUCUCGCUGCUCCACUCCACUUUUCCCUUCUCCGCAUACCCUCCACACAUCAUGUUUAAGUCAGUCGCCCGUCAAACAGCCAGACAAUUGGGCUCAAGAGGCUCUGCCGCCCCAGUCACUCGUCGCUAUGUGCAUACCCCUGUGGCAUUCGAUUGGAAGGAUCCGCUAGGUGCCAGCAACUUGUUCACCGAGGAGGAGUUGGCCAUCUCAGAAACUGCCGAGUCUUACUGUCAAGAGCGCAUGCUUCCUCGCGUGCUCGACGCAUACAGGAACGAAGACUACGACCGCAAGAUCCUUGAAGAGAUGGGAGAACUGGGUUUACUGGGUGCUACAAUUGAAGGCUACGGAUGUGCUGGUGUCUCCUCGGUCGCAUCAGGACUCAUUACCCGUGCUGUCGAGAGAGUCGACUCUGGAUACCGUUCGGGCAUGUCUGUCCAGUCUUCGUUGAUCAUGGGUGGUAUCGACGAGUUCGGCUCUCAGGAGCAGAAGGAUAAGUUCCUUCCUCAGCUGGCAAAGGGAAAGAUGCUUGGUUGCUUCGGUCUAACUGAGCCGAACCACGGCAGUGAUCCUGGCAGCAUGGAGACCGUGGCCAAGCCUCACCCGACCAAAAAGGGAUACUUCAGCCUGAGCGGAGCGAAGACCUGGAUCACAAACUCGCCAAUCUCAGACGUCAUGCUAGUAUGGGCCAAGCUGCAAGAGACUGGUAAGAUCCGUGGUUUCUUGGUUGAGAGAUCAGAAUGUCCACCAGGAACACUGGAGACCCCCGCACUCAAGCACAAGAAUGGUCUGAGAGCUUCUCUCACUGGUAUGAUCCAGUUGGAUGAGUGCCCCGUACCUGAAGCCAACAUGUUCCCGGAGAUCGAGGGUUUGAGAGGACCUUUCAGCUGUCUCAAUGGUGCCCGUUAUGGUAUCGCUUGGGGUACCAUGGGCGCUCUUGAGGACUGCAUCGCAAGAACAAGACAGUAUGCCUUGGAGAGAAAGCAGUUCAAGAACAACCCCAUCGCCAAGUACCAGCUCGUGCAGAAGAAGCUUGCCGAUGCAACCACAGACGCGGCCUUUGGCAUUCUGGCAGCAGUGCAAGUCGGUCGCCUGAAGGACGAAGGCAAGGCCGCGCCUGAGAUGAUUUCAAUGAUUAAGAGACAAAACUGUGAUAGAGCGUUGGUAAACGCACGAAUUCUGCAGGAAGUCUUCGGAGGAAACGCCGUCAGCGACGAGUACCACAUCGGAAGACAUGUGGCCAACUUGUUUGUCACCCAGACGUAUGAGGGCCAAAGUGAUAUUCACGCUCUCAUUCUUGGACGCGCAAUCACCGGUCUUCAAGCUUUCUGUUAAGUGGAUGAAAAUAGUGGAUAGUCAGGCGCCAGGUUUCGUU